GACGGAGGUUCCCGCCCCGCCCCGCCUCCUUUCCCAAGAAAAUUGCCUUUCCCCCUCUGCAGAAAUCGGGGAGAAGAAAUCUGUGCAGAGUUGCAGCGCGCGUGCAAUGCAGCGACCCGCACUAGGCGUGAAAAUGGAGGAGCAUGACUCAGCAGAACCUGAUAUUGUGGAGACUUUGGAAGAAGGUGGGAAAGACCUUGAUGCUAUCCAAGUUGGACUCAUCAGGCAUCUCCAGACAGGGGCAAUUCCACAGGUGACAGAGGGACUAGGGAAGAGGCCGAAACAGUGCUGGGAAGGCCCUUGGCAGGAAUCCCGGAAGACAAUGCAGGAUCCUCAUUUGCGACAGAGAAAUCCACAGCUUACCAAAGCCUCGCAGUUGGACUGCAUGCAAGCACCACAGUCUCCCUUCCAGGGGCCAGCUGAUGCCAGCGAGUGGCCUAAAGGAGACAGCAUAGCCCCAAUCCUGCCAGGGCUCUGUAAAGAAUCCCCUGAGGCCUACAGAAGCUUGGACUUCUCUGGAAAAGUCAAGGAAGAGAUUCUGGAUGAGGAGGACACUGUCAGCUUGGAGAUGCAAUGCCAGCGCUUCAGGCAGUUCCAGUACCAAGAGGAUGAGGGAGCGCAAGAAAAUGGCAGGCUGCUCUGUGAGCUUUGCCACCGAUGGCUAAAGCCGGAGAAGCACACCAAGGAGGAGAUCCUGGAGCUGGUGGUCCUGGAGCAGUUCCUGAGUAUCUUGCCAGAAGAUAUGUCCUGCUGGGUGAGGGACUGUGGCCCAGAGACCAUGGCCCAGGCGGUGUCCCUGGCAAAAGACUUUGCCCAUUUGCAAGACCCUGACAGUUGUGAGGAAAAGGUGCCCGGACUUUUGAAGGGGGUUUCUGUUGCUUGCACCACGUCGGAGCGGGAUCUAUUGGAUCCUUUGAGGAUGGAAUUCCAUGUGGAGGCCAAGCAAGAGGCUGACGGAGAGGCCUGUUUGCUGGGUGACUGGCAAGUGAGUGCAGAUGAGAAACUUCAGCUGGAAGGACCAGAAGAAACAAAACUGAGUGGGGAAUUGUGGGAUGGAACAAAAGGAACCAGUACCCAUGGAGAUAACAUAAAACAAGAAUUUAGAAGUCAGCAGGGGCAAGAAAGUUGUGAAGAAUUCCAUCCAGUGACAAAAGACACUGUUAUCAGCAAUGGGAGUUUAACAGACGUAGCUGUAUGUGAGAUAGAAAUGGAAGACCCCAACUGUGGGAGGAAAGGAAAGCAGGGCUCAGAGCUGCCCAAGAAUCAACCAGGCCGAAGGAGAAAGAAAAUGCAUGUAUGUUCUGAGUGUGGGAAAAGCUUUGGCCGGAAAUCGGUCCUUGUUGACCACUUGACCACACAUACGGGAGAGAAGCCCUAUCAGUGCUUAGAGUGUGGGAAGCGCUUUGGUUAUAGGUCCCUUCUUACAAGUCACGAAAAAAGCCACCUAGCGGAGAAGCCCUACAAAUGCUUAGAAUGUGGGAAAACGUUUGGGAACAGCACCCUCCUUUCAGAUCACGAGAGAAUUCACACAGGGGAGAAGCCGUAUACUUGUGUAGACUGUGGCAAAAGCUUCACUAGGAAGGGCCAUCUUGUCACUCAUCAACGGACGCACACAGGGGAGAAGCGGCAUACCUGUCUGGAGUGUGGCAAGAGCUUCAGUGAGAAAUCGAACCUGACUAUCCAUGAGAGAAGCCACACAGGAGAGAAACCAUACAAAUGCUCCGAAUGUGGGAAAAGCUUCAGUCAGGGCUCGCACCUUGCCACCCACAAGCGCACGCACACUGGAGAAAAGCCACAUACGUGUCCAGACUGUGGGAAAAGCUUCAGCCGCCGAUGUGACCUUCUUACACACGAGAGGACACACACGGGAGAGAGACCCUACCAGUGUCCAGAAUGUGGGAAAAGCUUCCGUCAGAGCUCGCAACUUUUUGUCCAUGGGAAGACCCACCGGGGGGAGAGACCGUACCGAUGCUCAGAGUGUGGGAAGAGCUUCCGUUGGGAAAGUGGGAUGAAAAUGCACAUGAAGAAUCAUGUGGCAGAUAGGCCAUAUGCCUGCUCAGCCUGUGGCAAAACAUAUGGGAGCUCGUCCCAUCUUAUGAGGCACAUGGUAACCCACCUGGGAGAGAAACCAUACAAGUGUCCAGCAUGUGGAAAGAGCUUCACUCAGAGUUCGCAGCUUUAUUUACAUGAAAGGGUCCAUACAGGAGAGAAGCCGCACCAAUGUUUAAUAUGUGGGAAGAGCUUUCGUUGGAAAAGCACACUGACAGCGCAUGUUAAAAACCAUACCAGAAAGAGACCUUAUGGAUGCUCAGAGUGUAGUGAAAGUUUUGACAAGGAGUCUCAGCUUAUUAAGCACAAGAGAAGCCACACAGGAGAGAAACCACACAAGUGCAAGGAGUGUGGCCUCUGCUUUGACUGUAUCUCUGCCCUGACAGUCCAUAAAAGGACCCACAGGGGGCAGAGACCAUAUAAAUGCUCAGUCUGUAACAGAAGCUACAAUGAGGAGUCGGAUCUUAUUAGGCACAAGAAGACCCAUGCGCCAGAGAACCCGUACAGGUGCCCAGACUGCGGGAAAAGCUUUGCAUUUAGCUCCUCAGUGAGAGUCCAUCAAAGGAUACACACAGGAGAGAAACCGUAUAAAUGCUCUGAAUGUGGGAAGAGCUUCAGCCAGAGUUCAAACCUUAGGACACACAUGAGAAUCCAUACAGGAGAGAAUGUAUGAGAUGUACAUAAAAUGCCACCUUAUGCUGAA